ACGAUUGUCAUUCGAUAUGCCCUUCAUGAAAGUAAUACUAAGGCCGCUGCAAAGUUUGGUUUGGACAAGUCUCAAGUUGGCUAUUGGGUAACGAAACUAAAGGACCAAUUAAGUGAGGUUGGCCACAAAAAGUCCUGUCAUCUUGGUGGUGGUGGUAGAAAGGAUCUCAAGUUAGUGAUGUUAAGGAUUGAUUCUGAAACUGCUUUAAAAAGUCAUGAACUUGCAAAAAGGCGGCUUGCAAGUAGUUUCAAGGCUUCCUCUACGUGUUCAGAGGAUGAUGAAAUAUACCAUGAUGAAAUCUUUGAUAAUAGAACUCACCAAAUCUCUGAUGAAAUUCACUGUGAUAAAAUUUGCCAUGAUAAAAUUUUCUCUGAUGAAAUUUGUAGUGAUGAAAUUUCAAGUGAAAAUAUUAUCAUUAUUGAUUCUAGUGAAGAUGAAGAUAAUAAUACUAAUCAGGAUAUUUUUGUUGAAGACGACGAAGAAGUUCUUAUUUUUGCAACAAAUCAAUAG